UCCCGUUUUCUGUUUAUUUAAUCCGCCCUACAUUCUCCUGCCAAACUACUCUAUGGGAAAAAAUACUAGCACAGCCCUUGCAUAACAUUCUCAAGACACAGCUUAAGAAAAUAACAUUGCCAUCUAUCUGUGGCAACGAACAGCGAAUCUGUCCAGCGAGAUAUCAUGUGGUCUACGAAGCUGCCACGGAAUGGAGAAAGUUGCAAGACGCUCCAGUAGCUGUGCCAGCUGAAAAGCCCUCCUCCCAGAUUUCAGACAUGGCACCCGCUAUAAAGCCGUAAGUACAGCUUGCGCUUUACAAAAAGACAAGACAGUGGGCAAAGAGCUUUUAAAACAAUUUGGAGCUGCUGUUUCAUUUAACUAGCUUACACGAGGACACUCGCUCCACACAGAGAUGAAGAAUUUUAUAGGAGUGGUCAUGGCGGUCGUACUUCUGAGAGUACAGGGGAAAAAGCCAAAUAACGGUUAUUGCGUUCAAAACAGCUGCUUCACUGUCCAUACAGAUGUUUUGGACUUUAAAGCUGCACAGCUGUCCUGUAAGAAUAAACAGGGCUCGUUAAUGUCCGUUCGAACGAGAGACAUAAACGAUGCCAUUUCAGAUCUACUUACUGGAUUUUCUGGACAGUUUUGGAUUGGUUUAACACACAAAGGUGACAGAUGCACAGAUUCGUCCCUUACUCUCAAAGGAUACACUUGGAUAACGGGAGAUAAUACAACUCAUUUCAAAAACUGGAAAAGCAAUGAUAUUGCAUGCUCUCCGCGAUGCGUGUCACUGUCCAAACAUGAAAAAUGGACGGAAAGACUUUGUAAUGAUACAACGGAUAUCGAAGGUUAUUUGUGUGAAUACCAAAACACUAAAAAAUGCGAACGGCUUACACCCACAUCAGUGGUUCUGUACGAAACUCCUUUCGGAUUUUCGAGAAAGGAUCUCAAUGAAGUUCCCCAAGGCAGCAACGCAACGCGCCUGGAUCUGAAAACAAAAUACAUCUGUUUAGAAGGUGAGUGGCGUAAGGCACCUUGGAACUGUGAAGUUUAUAAAGGUGGUUGUGAACAUAACUGCGACAAGAGGAAUGACACCUACAUUUGCACCUGCCCACCUGGGUAUAAACUUGAAACUAAUGCAGUCAGUUGUGAAAAGGCACAAGAUGACCCAUGUGAAAAAGCGGGUUGCUCACAUAGCUGCUCACCAAGAGGAAAUAACUAUGAGUGUCUCUGUCCCAGUGGAUAUGCCCUUGAUAAGGAUAAAAAGACCUGCAAAGAUAUCGAUGAGUGUGAUGAUAAACGACUAUGUCCAGGAAAAAAUUUCCAGUGUGUCAACACAGACGGUAGCUUUGAGUGUCACUGCAUGAAUGGCUUUAAGAAGGAACAGGACACUUGUGUAGACAUUGAUGAAUGUGAAUCUGGACCCUGCGACCAUGAUUGCGUCAAUGUUGUAGGCAGUUAUCAUUGUGAAUGUUUGAACGGAUACAAGGUAUCACCAGAGGACAGACACAAAUGUGCCCUUUAUUGUCCACAGUGGGAAUGCCCGGCAGUAGACUGUGACCCUAACAACCCUCAUCAAUGUGACUGCCCUCGUGGCUUCAUUCUAGAUGAGAGAGAAGGACUUCUUUUUUGCACUGACAUUAAUGAAUGUGAUAUGUUAUAUUGUGACCAACAUUGCAACAAUACCAUUGGAGGUUAUAAUUGUUCUUGCUAUGAAGGAUUUAACCUGAUUGGUAAUACUAAAUGUGAGAAGACAGACAUUUCGGAGGAACCACAUACCACAACUUUUGACAUCUUUACGUCUACCCCAACUGAGGUACCUCCAUCUAUCUCAGCCGGAGGUCUUCUUGGAAUAAGUGUGUGCACCGUUGUGGUAAUUCUGCUGAUGGCCUGUCUUACCUAUUACCUUAUGAAGUGUUGUGGGAAAAUGGGUAGCGUAACUUUAGACAAAGGCUUCACUGAAGAUGUGCAUGGUUUGCAGCAAGUGACUACAGAAAAAUACACAAAGAAACUGUCCAACAGAAACAUUUAUAUAAACCAUAAUAUCCAAAAUGACUAAAAAUUGAGAUCUGGAGUUGUAUAAUUCUGUAUUAAGGCAGCUCUACACUCUCAGAAAUAAAGGUGUGAAAACUUUCAAGGAUACAUCUCAGUACCUUUAGUAAGCUGUAUUUACUCCACACAGCUCCAUCAUAUCUCCAGCCUUUUUGUUUUAUUGUUCUGCUUUAAAACAUCUUCAACUUUUCAGAGACUGACACAGAGACAUUAUCUGAAAUUAUCUGUUACUCUUUACAUUGUUUGUAAAUGUUGUAAAUGAAGACUGUAUGAAUGUAUAUCUAGACUGUUGGUGUAAGCUUGUAUUUCAUAAACUGAAAUUCAUUUAUUUAUUCCAAUUAAAACAUACACAAAUCCUCAA